AUGGCCUCCGGUUCCCCGUCCACUGCCGAUUCCGGCAACGCUUCCUCUGCGGCUCAGCGCCUGCUUCAAGAGCACGGCAGCCACCAUGUGACCAUUGAGACCGUCCCCGAUGAGGAGGACCUCAAGCACGACGCUGUUCUCCGUCGCGAGGCAGCUGAGGCGGCCUCGUCUGGUCCUGCCCCGGCUGAUGCCCCGGCUUCGUCUUGGGCGGCCACGCCGUCUGCCAAGGCCGCUGGCAAGCAGAAGGCGCCUGAGCCCACGCCUGCCUCGAAGCUGGACACCCACUCGCAUGAGCUGUUCCCCGAGCUGGGCGCGCCCAAGAAGGCUGCCGCCAACGUUGCUCCCAUCUGGAACGCAAAGACUGGCGGUGCUGCCAACGGCGCGAACGGGUCCUCGCAGCCCUUGUCCAACAGCAGCAGUGCUCCGGCUGCUGCCACGUCCCGCUCGACCGCCCCUCCGACUGUCAACAUCCCCGGCCGCAACGUCUCGAGUGUCACUCUCGAGGACCACCAGCUUCUACCCCGUGGUUCCCUAAAGCGCCCCAUUCCCGACGUUAUCAAGGACAUCAACCGCAAGUCGCGCGCCAACAUCACCAUGCUACCGCCCACCGGUAACCGGAGGCAGUUCAACGCGACUGGCCCGCCUGAGGUUGCCCAGCAGGCCCUGCGGGACCUUGUCCAACAGAUUGGUGCCAAGGUCACAGUCAACGUGCCGAUUCCCCAGUCUGUGAGACCCCACAUCAUUGGCAAGCAAGGCUCGACCAUCAAGUCGCUCCAGGAGAAGACGGGCGCAAGAAUCCAGUUGCCCAAGGCCGAUGAGGCUGCGGCUGCCUACGAGGAGGACGAUGACGCAACGAUUGACGUCACCGUGGAGGGUAAUGCCCUUUCUGCGCGUGCGGCUCAGGAUGCCAUCCUGAAGAUUGUUGGCGAGCGCUCCGCCAACACGAACACUCGCCUGCGCGGUAUUCCUUCCGAGUUCUAUCCCUUCAUUGCCGACCCCACCUUCGGCCUGCUCUCCAACCUGGAGAACAACGGCGUCCAGAUCCGCGUGCCGCCUCUGCAGCCGCGCUCUGCUCAGCCACCCACGUUGGCUGCUACUGGCCGUCCUGUUUUCACGCCGUCUGCCGACAACCACAUCCACCUGGCCGGCGAGCGCAACGCUGUCCUGAACGCCCGCGCUGAAAUUGAGAAGGCAGCCGCUGCCCUCCAGCAGCGCCUGCAACUGCAGCAGACCUCCAUCCCCCCCGGCCGCCAGCAGUUCAUUAUUGGUCAACACGGCACGCCAAUGGAGGACUUCUUCAACGAGACCGGCUGCGUGGUGAUCCUGCCGGAAGAUGCCGAAGACGAUAACGUCACCAUCAUCGGUGACGCGGACCGGGUGGAGGCCGGCCUCGAGCGCGCCAUUGACCUAGCUAUGGGCAUGCAGUGCUCCAACUACGACAUCUCGCGCUUCCACCGCCAGGCUCCGGGCAGUGCGGCCGCCCAUGCGCGCAACGUCACCCGCUACCUGCGGCAGCGGAAGGAGAUUGAGCGCCUGGAGCGCGAGUACCAGAGCCACAUCAACACGCCCUUCACGAGUGAGGGUGCCCUUCCCUGGGAGCUGUACUCGCGCGACGGCAAGAACGCUUUCCGCGCUCAGACAGAGAUCAAGAACAUCAUCUCCAGCCACCCGCCCAGCCGCAUGGCCUCGAUCCCUGUCGACCCCUUCUUCCACCAGUUCCUGCGCAACGAUGUUCGCCCCCGCGUGCAGCAGGACUACGGUGUCUACCUCGUCGUGCCCGAGGCGUCCGAAUCCGACGCACCAGUCCUCCUUGUUUACGAAGGCCCCUCGGACGACUCCACUGGCCCGUACACCCUGCCCCAGACGGUGCCGACGCCGCAGGAGGUUGCGGCCUUCCAGCAGGGCGUCCUUGAUGCGCAGAAGCACAUUCUCGAGCUUAUUGGUGCUCAGGAGGACAUUCAGACCACACAGAUUGAGGUGCCCCUCAAGUUCCACGAGCGGCUUCGCCGGUUCAUCAAGAAGGAGCAAGAGGCCCGUCCUGCCAACCAACCGCCCGUCCGUGUCUCCAGCCUGGGCACAGCCGUGACCCUGCGGGGACCCAAGACCUCCGUGGACGAGCUCCUACUGAAGAUCAACGCUUUUGUGGAGCAGGAGAAGGAGGACGAAAAGGAGCGCGGCUUCACGCUGUCGUUUGACUUCCCCAAGGCCUACGCCAACCAUCUCAUUGGCAAGGGCGGCAGCAACAUUCGUGAGCUGCGCGACAAGUUCGAUGUGGAGAUCCAGGUCCAGGACGGUCAGGUCGAGCUCAAAGGCCCCAAGGCCAAGGCCGAGGCCGCCCGUGCCCACAUCAACUCGGUGGCCCGCCACCUCGCGGACGAGACCACGCACAUCCUCAAAAUCGAGCCCAAGUUUCACCGUGAGCUGAUCGGCGCGCAGGGUAGCACCAUCAACCGCCUCCAGACCCGGUACAAGGUCUUGAUCUUCUUCCCGCGCGUCGCCAAGGCGGCCCGUGAUGACGAGUCGGUCACCGACGCUGCGAGCGACGCUGGCAAGCCCCGCCGCCAGCAGGGCCCCGACGAAGUGGUUGUGCGCGGUCCCAAGAAGGGCGCCGAUGAGGCUCGCGAGGAGAUUAUGAAGCUGUACCUGUACCUGAAGGAGACCUCUUUCACGGCCACUAUUGAGGUGCAGCAGAAGCAGGUUCCUUACCUGAUUGGCCAGGGCGGCUCCGCGAUGGAGGCUCUCCGCCAGCAGACCGGCGCGAAGAUUGAUGUGCCCAACAGCCGCGGCGACCCCGACUCGACGGUGGAGAUCCAGCUCAAGGGUACCAAGGAGCAAGUGACGGCUGCCAAGAAGAUUCUUCUGGAGAAGAAGGCUGUGCUCGACGACACCAUCAGCACGACCAUUGAUGUCGACAAGAAGUUCCACAAGGCGCUGAUUGGUCCUGGAGGCUCUACUAUUAAGGACCUCGUCGUCAAGGCGGGCGGCUCCGACGACCGCAGAGAGCUGUCUCGGGCGAUCCAGUUCCCCAACCAGGACAGCAACGACUCUGCGAUCAAGAUCGAGGGCCGCCGGUCGUUUGUCGAGGCCAUCACCAAGUCGAUCCAGGAGUUUGUUGACCAGCGUUCCAACCAGGUCUCGGAGACGAUAGACGUUCCCCAGGACAAGCAUCGGUCGCUGAUCGGCCGCGGUGGCGAGACCAGACGCCAGAUUGAGGCCAAAUUCUCUGUCGUUGUCGACAUCCCCCGACAGGGCGACGAGCGCACGGAUGUCAAGGUGACGGGUGCGCCGGACAAUGUCCAGAAGGCCAAGGAGCACAUCCAGUCGCUCAUCAAGGAGCAGCACACCACGACCGUCCAGGUGCCCCGCAGCGUGCACCACGCCAUCUCCAACAACGGCCAGUUCUUCCGUCGCCUGCGCAACGAGCACCAGGUGACUGUUGACCACGCUGGCCAGGCCGUGCCUGCGCGCCCCGUCCCUGCUGCUGCCAACGGCAACAGCACCCUGCCCCUCAUCACGGACGACGAGGACGCCGCCGACGGUGCGCACUCGUGGCGCGUGGUGGAGGUGUCGUCGACGGAGACGGGCGAGAUUCCGUGGGUCCUGCACGGCACGCCGGAGAACGUUGAGAAGGCCAAGAAGGCCCUGGAGAAGGCCCUUGAGCAGUCGGGCCGGAGCAAUGCUACGGGCUACCUCGUCCUGCCGGACUCGAAGCUGUUCCGCCAUGUUGUGGGCCAGGGUGGCAAGAAGAUUGACUCGAUCCGGAAGCAGAGCGGCUGCCGUAUCUUUGUGCCGCAGGGCAACAGCGGCCAAGAUGCCAUUGAGGUCAUUGGCACUGUGGACGGCGUCGAGACGGCCCGCGAGCUGAUUCUCGCGGCUGUCAAGGAGGGCACGCAGAAGCGCGAGCUGUAG